CUACGUACGUUUUCGUCAGUCGGGCCUUCAACUCCGAACCGCGUAGAACGAAUCAACCGACGCGCUGCGUGAGAUGAAACGAGUAGAUCGGCGAUAAAUUUAUAUCCGUUCGUAAUAAAUUCGGGGAAAAAAAGAGAAACGUGAAACAGGCAAAAACGAUCCAUUACUUGAUGACGUCCCGAAAAAAGUCACCGAUCGACGGUGUCGUUCACCUUCGUAUGUGUAAUUAAUCGCGAAAUUUAAUCGAGUACCGAAUUUAUACCAACGGCAGUACGAUCGAUCUCCCUGCGGGUUAACGAUCACCGACUACCAAAGAUGAUGCGGAAAAUCGCACGUCAAGAGAAACGAGGAACGAGAAGAAGAGCACGUUCCGAGAGAGAGGAAGAAUAAUAAGGAGGAUAUCAUUUUUCUCGUGGAGUUUCAAAGCAUGAGAAGAGACUGUUCUUUACUCGGCAUUACUAGUUCGUACCGAUAAAUCGAGAAAGAUAAAGGAAAAAAAAGAAAAAGGAAAAAGAAAAGAAAAAAAAAAGAAAGAAAAAGUAAGAAAAAUGAGGAUAACGAUUUGGCUGAGACAGUUCUUGAUCGAUCGAUUUACUUCUACUUUAAGCUACCCUUAAUUUUCCUAAUAAUAACGUUUUCUUGGGUAUAUAUAUAUAUAUACAUAUAUGGAUGUGCAUGUAUACAUCUAUAUAUUGUACACAUAUGUACAGAAAAAGUGAGAGAGAAGGAGAGAGAAAGAAAAGAAGAGAGAAAGGAAAAUAUAAGAUCCAAUACGUUCCGACGACGAUCUUCUUUGAAACUCCAUAAAAGGAUGCAAAUUAAAGAUUCCUUUCAGUCUCCCCGAAUCUUGAAAUUGUGCAUUCGAAAGGGUAAAGAGAAACGGGAAAGAUAAAGACGAGAUGGAGUAGGAUGUGUGAGGGAACAGAAUAAUCCUCGAAAGUGGACCGCGAGAUAACGGUGCUUUGGAUUGAAGAAGAAGAUAUUGGAUCGCGGUAUCGAAAUAAAUCUCUCGAGGCAAAGUUCGAUGGAGAGUUUCAAAAGCUAAGAAAGAGAAAGAGAGACAAAAGAGGAAGAUAUAAGAAUAGAAAGAGAAAAAAAGAAAGGAAGGAAGGAAGGAAAAAAGAAAGAGAAAGGAUAACAGUGUCAACAAAGAAGAAACGAAUCGAAAGGGAUGACUUUUUAAGGUUAAUCCUCCUGGAAAAGAGAUAGAAAGAAAGAAAGAGGAUACGAAAAGUACAUCGACGAAUCUAGCGUGGCGCUAGAAAAAAAGUGGUCCUGUGAGUGUUGGAAGUGAGAAAUCGAGGACAACGCUCUGGAUACGUGCGAAGACGAAUACCACGGAGAUAAAGAGGACAUGAGAAGAAUGGCUAACGUUGAUCUCUGAAUCUUGUUAUCUUCGAACUAAUAAGAAAAAAGUAAAGAAGAGGAGAAGAGAAGAAGAAGAAAAGAAAGAACAACAAGUAGAAGAAGGAUCAAGCAAGUGUUAAAAAUACGAGUGAAGAAGAAAAGUACAUUUUUAUAUUAGUUUUUUUCGAAGGAUGAUUUCGUAAUUUGUGAUUUUUUGUUUUGUUUUUUGGAAGAAAGAAAGGAUAAAAAAGAAGAAAUAGUGCAAGGAAAGAAGGAUAAAAGAGAUUAUUUUCUUGGAAGAAAAAGAAGAAGAAGAGAAGAAAGAGAGAAAGAGAGAGAGCUGGUAAGUCGACGGUGAUGGCAUGAGGACUUUAGUAAGGACGGACUGUGGGUCCAGCGAGGAGGAGGAUGAGGAUGGUGGUGGGCGUGAUGGUUCUGGGUCAGCUCCUGACGAGGAUCCUGCUCGCAGCUCACGCUGGAGAUCGACUUGCAGCCGCUCGAAGGAUACUCAGGGAUGUUCCGCUAAUCGACGGGCACAACGACUUACCCUGGAAUAUACGCAAGUUCCUAAAGAAUCAGCUACGAGGAUUCAGAUUUGAUGAUCUCAGUGACAUCCGUCCUUGGUCGGGCAACGCCUGGAGUCAUACAGAUCUAAGGAGAUUGAGAAAGGGGAUGGUCGCCGCUCAGUUUUGGUCAGCGUACACGCCCUGUCCAUCCCAAUAUCACGACUCCGUUCAACUCGCUUUGGAACAGAUUGACGUGAUUCGUCGGUUGGUCAACAAACAUCCCGAAAGUAUGAUCCUCGUUACGACGGCUGAAGGGAUCGAGAGAGCACACAAGGAGGGUAGAUUAGCGAGUCUUAUAGGGGUCGAAGGGGGACACGCCAUCGGCACGAGUUUGGCGGUCCUGAGGAUGCUCUACGAGCUCGGUGCCAGAUAUCUAACGUUAACUCACACGUGCCAUACGCCUUGGGCAGACUGCAGCACGGCGGAUGAACCCGGUCAAGUGCCUCACGUCGGUGGUCUCUCCAACUUUGGUAAGAGCAUCGUACUCGAGAUGAAUCGACUGGGGAUGAUGGUGGAUCUAUCGCACGUUUCGGUACCCACCAUGCUGGACGCAAUGGCAAGUUCGAAAGCGCCGGUCAUUUUCAGCCAUAGCAGCGCUCACGCUCUCUGCAAUUCCUCGCGAAAUGUGCCUGAUCACGCGCUAAAACAUUUGGCGCGGACCGGUGGUAUAGUUAUGGUAUCCUUCUACCCCCCUUUUAUAAGCUGCAGCGAGACGUCAACUUUGGAAGAUGUCGUUGCACACAUUAACCACAUUCGUAAAGUCGCCGGUGUGGAUCACAUUGGAAUCGGAGCCGGCUACGACGGCAUUAAUUUGACACCGGCAGGUCUCGAAGACGUGAGCAAAUACCCAGAGUUAUUCGCGGAAUUGUUAGUGCGCGGGUGGUCAGAGAGAGAUAUCCAGAAACUCGCUGGACUGAAUCUCAUCCGAGUCUUCAAGGCGGUCGAACAGGUGCGUGACAGGAUGGCUGCCGCUGGAAUGGAGCCUCUUGAGGAGGAAAUUCCAUCCGAAGACAUUCUUGGCCGUAAUCAUUGCCGUUACAACGUCAGAAGACUGGCAGUACCCUAAACUGUAAGCGAAACAUUAUCCACGGACGACUUCAUCCUUUUCCAGAAUGAGGAGAAAGAAGAUGAAGGAUGCUUAUAACGAGAAAAUGAUAAAAUACGAGCGGGACUCCUUUUCAUUUUUUAAAUUCGAAAUUCGCACCAAAAUUGCGUCUUUCUCAAUCUUUGUACAACGUAAGUAGAUAGAGAAGAAAAACGAAGCGAAAAAAAAACUAAAAAAAAAAAGAAAAGGAAAACGUGACAAAAAAAAAGAAAAACGAAACGGACAAAUACGCAAAAAAUAGAAAAAAAGAAAAAAGUUCAAUUCUGCCAGCGACUUUCGCGAAAAGUCACGCUGUAACUUGUAUUUAUAUACAAGAUAAGCGAGGGUAAAGCCGAUUAUUAAAAAAGAAAUGCACUAGGAGUGUUCCGACGAGUAAAAAAAAGGGGAGAACCAUAGAGAACUCGUUUUUUCACGAAGAAGAACGAACUAUUCAACGCGGCGCACGUGCUAACGUUACUUCUAACACCGUGAUACGAAGACCAAAACGCGUUUGUAUAAAUGUUUAACGAUCUAGUCGUCGAAUAUACACGAAGACACACACAUCGAUGUUUCAUUUGUACUCAGCGAUUUUUUCCUUGUCGAAGCUGGAACCAAAAAACUAUUCUAGUCAAUAAUCAUACAUACAUAUAUACAUAUUAUAUAUAUAUAUAUAUAUACACAUAUACAUAUAUAAAUAUAUACAUAUAUACACAUAAACUAUGAGUCGAUGAGGAUGAUGAUGAAGACGGAGCGAGUGGGUGACUGUUUAAACGUAUCAUUGUUCCAUUACAUAAAAUGGAGCGAACAAGGUUACGCGUAAUACUGAAAAAACUACACGCACAUACGAACACACUUGUACAUAUGCGGUACCUGAAAAUUGAAAAAAAAAAGUUGGCCGGGGGUAUUGGGGGAUGGAAUGGUUAAAAAAAGGAAAUCGAAAUCAUUGUUGCGUCAAAUCGGCCAAGUUGAUUCGAAGCGAACAAGUAUAAAGAUUACUUGCCUUGGAACUUAAUGAAAAGGUAUAAUAAAAAAAAAAAAAGAAAAGAAAAAAAAGAAAAUAGGAAAAGAGAUAAUUGUAGAAAAGAUAAGAACAAAAGAAAAAGAAAGAAGGAUGUCAGAAUGCUAUCGGCAAAAUAACACAGGCGAGAGUGAUGCCGUUAGGUUUAUAGGGAUCCGCACAUCUUUUUUACUGCAAAACGAUCACGCUGUUUUAAUACCAUCUCUCUUCAUAAUUUAUCUCGCUCUAUCGUCGCAGAUCAAGAUGGCCGACUUGAUAGCCUAACUUUGUAAACGGCCAAACACGCGUACGAGGCUAGACUCCGGUGAUCCUGGGAUCCUUGCCAAACGCAUAUCACACGAACGAACGCGCACGCGUGCUUUUCCAAAUUUACGAGUGCUCGCUACUCGCUCGGAAACGCGAGAGCAAAGGAAGGCGUUGUACGUAUGUAUGUACAUAUAAUAUACACGCAGACCAACGUCGUUUUGUGCUAUCUCGAAAAUUAGCAUUCGUUCGCGGACGAAAAAUAUCUAUACACCUAUACGUGUAUAUAAGUUGUACAUAUACUAUGUGCAUAGGUAUGUAUAUCUAUAAAAAUAGAUUAAACGGUAUAAUUAUUGAUCAGAUCGCUGCGCUUAGUUACUAUUUUUCUAAUUUUAAUCGAUCAUUUCAAAGCAAUGGUACUCGAUCAAUGAGAUGAAACUAUUGGCAAGUUCUUCGAUUUUCAUUAAUUUUACACGCAACAAUAACAGAUUUUAAAAGUGAUAUAUAUAUAUAUACUUUUUUAACUUUUAAAAUAGUAAUAACAUUUUAUUACUACUAUACUUAUAUGAUUAAAUAAAUUUUAGGAUUGGCAAGUAUAGUUUGCAUAUCAUUGAUUUAGAACAUUCAGCCUUAUAUUUUGAGAAUUUAUUAAAAAUGAACGUAAAUUCAUUCGACGUGAUUGCAAACAAAUCUGGCGUGCGUGAAACUAUUAAAAAAAAAGAAAAGAAAAGAAAAAAUAAUGCUCGAAUAUCCCGAAUCUUUAACAUUUAUUGAAUUUCAAAAGGACGUGAUCAAUGACUUCAUAGUGAGCAAUAAUUGUACUGUUUAUCGAGUCUUCUUCUUCCGCAUUUACUAACGUUACAUUACGCGCUCGUUAAUCCUAACAGUCUGCGAGUUCAAAGACGUUUUAUUAAAGUCGAAAGAAUUAUGUUCGGGGACUGGCGAAGCUUAACGGCGAUUUCCGCCGGUGGUGAACAAAAAGCAAAGGCGACCAACGGAGUCUGAGCCUCGUGUCUAAUAUCCUAAACUUUCAAAAGAGUUACUGGUACCGGAAAUAAAUCAACGGUGAGCAAAGCUAUGCCGUUGCAAUAUUA